AUGCGGCGUAAGAAAGGCUCCGCUACGCCAGAGACUGCCAGCGACCCCCGCACUCCACCCUUCCCUUCCCCUUCCCCUUCUUCCUCGCCGCCGCCGUCGCCGAUGCUGACUCCACGCCAGUCGUCCGACGACGCGGUCCGCUCAGAUCAGUCCCAAAUUCCGGUCUGGCCGCCUCGAUCGCGCCCACCACCUGAUCCGUUCGCGGCAGAGGCAGCCCUCUCUGACGACUGGCAUCCCGACUCGCCCGAGCCUUCGUCAUCCCACCUGAGCCCCCCUCGCUCGCUCUCCUCUCGGUCACCAUCCCCGUUCAACCCUAAUGCCUCCGUCCGCCAUCCCCGCAACAUCAGCCCCGCCCCCUUCCAGCUCGUCGCCUCUGAGGAAUCCCACGCGCUCGCCGCCCAGCCCCCAUCCCUCGACCGCGGCGGUUCCAUGAUUCUCUACAGGCUCGCCCACGACGACGCAGAGGACAAGCCCCCCAUCCUCGAUGCCCACUCCACCCCACGUGCGCAACUUCCGGCAGACAUGCUCCUCACCCUCUCCAACGGCUCCAAAUUCCCUUCCGGACCCUCCGCCUCCGGCACUCACCGCUUCAUCCCCUACGCCUUCGACCCCGGCGACGCGUCAAAGCAGGAGCCUGAAGACGAUGACCAGUUUUACUAUCUUGAGGACAACCGCCGCUGCACGUCCUUCUCCUGGCGCGGCUUCAUCAACAUCGGCACCAUCGUCCUCCUCAUCGGCGGCAUCCUCACCUUGUUUGUCGGCUAUCCCGUCAUCACCUUCGUCCGUGGCUGCGGGUUCGGAUGCGCUACCACAUACGCGAACAUCAACAGUACCGGCCAGACUGUCGUCCACGGCGCCCACGGCGCGUUUCGCCUCACCAGCAUCGUGCCAGACACGCCGCUCGGAUCCGGAUUGCCAUGA